CAGCGACGCCCCUGCCGCCAUGUUGCUUGUGGGCAGAUGCCGGAGGCUGACGAGCGGAGGAAACUGGCACCGCGAGUCUCAGACUUCGUCAUCCUGGUCUGCAUGACUUUCCGAGAUCCUGAGUUGGGUCCCCAGCUCCUGCGCCUGGAGACCUGUCUCCCCGGAUCCACCGGGGCUCGUUCCAGGUGGUCUGCGCCCCGGCGUCCCUGACCAAGCCCUGCGAGUGACCGGCCUGCCUUCGGGUGCACCCGCGGGAACGAACGUCGGGGACCUGCCCACCCCCAAAGCCAGUGUCGUGAAGAUUGCUCCGGGCAAAGGGAAGGAUGCCACUCUUCUUCCGGAAGCGGAAACCCAGCGAGGAGGCUCGGAAACGCCUGGAGUACCAGAUGUGCCUGGCAAAAGAGGCUGGAGCUGACGACAUCCUUGACAUCUCUAAAUGUGAGCUCUCGGAGAUUCCAUUUGGGGCUUUCGCAACGUGCAAAGUUCUGCAGAAGAAGGUGUUCAUCGUCCACACGAAUUACCUCACCUCCCUGCUCCCGAAAUCCUGCAGCCUGCAGAGUCUCCUCACCAUCAAGGUCCUGGACCUUCAUCAUAACCAGCUGACAGCCCUGCCUGAGGAUAUCGGGCAGCUGACGGCCCUCCAGGUGUUAAACGUGGAGAGGAAUCAACUGACGCAUCUCCCACGUUCCAUUGGGAAACUGAGCCAGCUCCAGACCCUCAAUGCAAAAGACAACAGGCUGAAGGAGCUUCCGGUCACCGUGGGGGAACUUCGAAGCUUACGUACUCUGGACAUCAGCGAAAACGACAUUCAGAGGUUGCCGCAGAUGCUGGCGCACGUUCGGACUCUGGAGACCCUGAGCCUGGACGCCUCCUCCAUGGCCUACCCGCCACCGGAGGUGUGUGGUGCCGGCACCGAGGCCAUUCAGCAGUUCCUCUGCCGAGAGUCAGGGCUGGAGUACUACCCACCUUCUCAGUACCUGCUGCCGGUCCUAGAGCGAGACGGGGCCGAGAGCUCCCAGGACAGCCCCGAUGGGCCCGUGGACCGAUUCUCCAGAGAAGAGGUAGAAUGGCAGAAUAGGUUCUCAGACUAUGAGAAGAGGAAGGAACAGAAGAUGCUGGAGAAACUCGAGUUUGAACGGCGCCUGGAAGUCGGGCAGCGAGAGCACGCGCAGCUCCUGCAGCAGAGCAACAGCCACAGGGACGAGAUCCUUCAGACAGUCAGGGAGGAGCAGUCCCGGCUGGAGCAGGGCCUCAGCAAGCACCGGCGCUACCUGGACGCAGAGCGUCAGCGGCUGCAGGAGCAGCUGAAGCAGACGGAGCAGAACAUCUCCAACCGGAUCCGGAAGCUCCUGCAAGACAAUCAGAGGCAAAAAAAGACCUCCGAGAUUUUGAAGUCGCUGGAAAAUGAAAGAAUAAGAAUGGAACAGUUGAUGUCCAUAACCCAGGAGGAGACGGAGAACCUGCGAAGACGUGAGGUUGCCUCCGCCAUGCAGCAGAUGCUGACCGAGAGCUGCAAGAACCGCUUCCUUCAGACGGCCUACGAGUCCCAGAGGCAGAGCUUGGUCCAGCAGGCCUGUUCCAGCAUGGCUGAAAUGGACGAGCGGUUCCAGCAGAUUCUGGCGUGGCAGCAGAUGGACCAGAACAAAGCCAUCAGCCAGAUCCUGCAGGAGAGCACCAUGCAGAAGGCUGCAUUUGAGGCUCUCCAGGUGAAGAAGGACCUGAUGCAUCGGCAGAUCAGGAACCAGAUUAAGUUAAUAGAGACUGAGUUAUUGCAGCUGACACAGCUGGAGUUAAAGAGGAAGGCCCUGGACACAGAGGCACUACAGGAGAUGAUCUCGGAGCAGCGCUGGGCCCUCAGCUCCCUGCUGCAGCAGCUGCUGAAAGAGAAGGCGCAGCGAGAGGAAGAGCUCUGGGAGAUCCUGACGGAGUUAGAAGCCAAAAGCGAAACCAAGCAGGAAAACUACUGGCUGAUUCAGUAUCAACGCCUCUUGAACCAGAAACCCUUGUCCUUGAAGCUGCAGGAGGAAGGCAUGGAGCGCCAGCUGGCGGCCCUGCUGGCGGAGCUGGCGGCCGAGCACUACCUGCCCAUCUUUGCGCACCACCGCGUCUCGCUGGACACGCUGAGCCGGAUGAGCCCCGGGGACCUGGCCAAGAUGGGCGUCUCGGAGGCCGGCCUGCAGCGCGAGAUCCCGCGCAGAGCCCAGGAGCUGCUGGAUGCGGCCCGGACCCGGCCAGAGCUGCUGACACCACCCCAGGAAGAGGGCCUCGGGGCCCCGGAGCCCACUGCCCCUGAGGGGCCCCCCGAGCCGGUGAGGCCAUCGGCACCCCCCGCAGAGCCAGAGGUGCCGCUGUCGGAGUGCGUCGUGUGCCUGGAGCGGGAGGCGCAGGUGAUCUUCCUCAACUGUGGCCACGUCUGCUGCUGCCCGCAGUGCUGCCAGCCGCUGCGCACCUGCCCGCUGUGCCGCCAGGAGAUCGCCCAGCGCCUCCGGAUCUACCACCGCAGCUGAGCGCCGGCCUGGCCCCGGCCCGGCCCCGGCCCCAGCCCCACACCCCCCGCCACAGGCCCGGGGCUCCAGCGUGCCCCUGCUCUGCCCACACGAGUAAGGCCCCCUCUCGUCCUGGGCCCUGCCCCACAGCCUGGGAGGGUGCCCCCACCCUUGACCUCCAAGCACUGCUGGGCCGGGGCAGAACGUGCUCCUGACCGAUGACCCGAGUCCUGUGACAGAAGAGUGGGGAUCCCUCGUGGCACCCGGAAGGCUCUGGGCGUGGCGGUGCAGCUGUGCCGCCCUCGGAGCCACGGCUGGGGUCCUGGCCAGGGUGGCUUUGCCACCUCCCAGCGGACUGUGGGGGCCCCUGUCCCUGCAGGAGCCUCAGCCUCCUAACCGGGGGGACAUAGACAGUGCUGUCCCAGCUGCGGGGAGGGGCGGCCACAGGCCACCACAGGCGUGCUCUGAGGUCCCCCAAGUGGCUGGAAGGUGCUCGGUGCAGACCUUGCACCGAGAGCAACAGCAGCCCCCCCUCACCCCCCUCGCUGCUGCCCCCACUGCUCUGGGCCCCUCUGCUCUCCAGCUCAGGGGCAGGUGAUGAGCUUUGCAGACCCAAACCAGGAGCGUCCAUGUCAAUAAACCCCUCUC